CUACCCCCUCCCCGCCUCCAACUUGUUCUUCUUCCGCAGCAAGAUAGCACAGGCGCGUAGCCGUGGAUCCCAACUCCUAAGAACCGUAGCCUGCUGCCGCUCUCUUCUUCUCCGGCAAGCAGCGGCGGUCGCUGCCCCCUCAUAUAAUCUAAUCGCCGCCUCCUUGCCAACGCCGAUUCGAUCAGAUCGAUAGAGAGGGGAGCCGCGAGGGAACGGGAUGCCGACGCUGACGAAGCUGUACAGCAUGAAGGAGGCCGCGCUCCACAACACCCCCGAGGACUGCUGGGUCGUCGUCGACGGCAAGAUUUAUGAUGUGACCAAGUAUUUGGAAGACCAUCCUGGGGGUGCUGAUGUUCUGCUCGAAGCAACGGGUAAGGAUGCUAAGGAAGAAUUUGACGAUGCGGGGCACAGCAAGAGUGCCAUUGAGCUAAUGCAAGACUACUUCAUUGGGGAGUUGGACCCGACUCCUGAGAUUCCUGAGAUGGAGGUUUUCAGGAAGGAGCAGGACACAGGAUUUGCCAGCAAGCUGAUGGACAGUGCGGUGCGGUACUGGGCGAUUCCAGCAGCUGCUGUUGGGGUAUCGGUUGUUGUUGCUAUAUUGUAUGCACGAAGGAAGUGAAGGUCACUGUGUUUGAGCAACCAUUUUGAGAGGGAUCACCCAUUCUUACCUGGAGCAUGGACGGAUAUAUGUCCUGCUGUCCAGAACCAAAAUACGCUAUGAUAUUCAAUUCUUAGACACUUCAACAUUUGCCUGAUUGAUGGCACUAUUUAUCAACAUGAUGCUCAAUUGAUGGAUUGUUAUUCUC